ACAUCAAUCCAUUUCUAGUUUCCAAUUUCCAAUUCCAUUCGAUCUGGGAACUUCCUUUUCCCUCUCUUUGAUUCCGUUUCCUUUUUUGUUUUUCUUUUCAUUCUCCAUCGCUUCAUUUUCACGCUUUCUCCAAACCAGAGUGAAUCUCUGAUCACUGGAGAAUUUCUUUCCGAUCGGAAAUCUCAGUUUUUCUAAAUCGUCCGGCUAUUUCUUGCGAUUUUGACCCCCUCAAUCUAUCUAAUCUACUCUUGUCUGUUUCGAGAUGAAGAAGGUAGUUGUGGGAACGGUUGUGGUCUGCGCCGCAGCUGUUUGCACGGCGGCGGCGUUGGUGGUGCGUCACCGGAUGAAGAACUGUGGGAAGUGGACUAGAGCAAUGAACAUAUUGAAGGAGUUUGAAGAGAAGUGUAAAACUCCAGUGGAAAAGCUGAAGCAAGUAGCAGAUGCUAUGACUGUGGAGAUGCAUGCUGGACUCGCAUCUGAAGGCGGAAGCAAGCUCAAGAUGCUUAUUAGCUAUGUUGAUAAUCUUCCUACCGGGGACGAGAAAGGGUUGUUCUAUGCAUUAGACCUUGGAGGCACAAACUUCCGUGUGUUGCGUGUACAAUUGGGAGGAAAGGAUGAACGUGUUGUUAGGCAAGAAUUUGUGGAAGUUGCGAUUCCUCCACAUUUAAUGACCGGAUCUUCGGAGGCCUUAUUUGGUUUUAUAGCUGAAGCACUUGCAAAAUUUGUUGAAGAAGAAGGUGAUGGCUACCACCCAGUAUCUGGUAGGCAAAGAGAGCUGGGUUUUACAUUUUCUUUCCCAGUUAGGCAAACCUCUAUUGCCUCGGGGACACUUAUCAAGUGGACAAAGGGAUUCAACAUCGAGGACACGGUCGGGCAAGAUGUGGUAGGAGAAAUAACAAAGGCCAUGGAAAAGAUUGGAUUGGAUAUGCGUGUGGCAGCUUUGGUGAAUGAUACAAUAGGCACUUUAGCUGGAGGCAGUUACUACAAUGAUAAUGUUAUUGCUGCCGUGAUUCUGGGAACUGGAACAAAUGCAGCAUAUGUGGAGCGGGCACAUGCAAUUCCUAAAUGGCAAGGCCUUCUACCUCAAUCAGGAGAGAUGGUUAUUAACAUGGAAUGGGGUAACUUCCGGUCUUCUCAUCUUCCCAUCACCGAAUAUGAUCAAGCUCUAGAUUUGGAAAGUUUAAACCCGGGAGAACAGAUUUUCGAGAAGAUGAUAUCUGGCAUGUAUUUAGGAGAAAUAGUUCGCAGAGUUCUGUGUAGGAUGGCUGAAGAAGCUGCCUUUUUUGGCGAUGUUGUUCCGCCUAAACUCAAAAGGCCUUUCAUUCUUAGGACUCCUGACAUGUCUGCUAUGCAUCAUGAUACAUCUCCAGAUCUGAGAGUUAUUGGAAGCAAGCUGAAUGACAUUUUGGAGGUAUCUAACAGCCCUCUCCCUAUGAGAAAAAUCAUCUUUGAGCUAUGUGACAUUGUUGCCACUCGUGGUGCACGCCUAUCGGCUGCUGGGAUUUAUGGGAUCAUCAAGAAAUUGGGAAGAGACAUCCCAAAAGAUGGGGAUAAGCAGAAAUCUGUCAUAGCUGUUGAUGGUGGGUUAUUUGAGCACUACACUAAAUUUAGAAACUCAAUGGAGAGUUCACUCAAGGAAUUACUGGGAGACGAAGUUGCAGAUAACUUUGUGAUCGAGCACUCGAACGAUGGCUCUGGCAUUGGAGCAGCACUUCUCGCAGCAUCUCACUCGCAGUAUCUUGGGGUAGAGGAGUCCUGAAAACAGGAGUCCAAAUCCAGCUAAGGUAGCUCAGAAUAAUGAAAUAGUUCCAAUCAUUUGUUGUAAAAGAAUUUGUAUUCUUUGUCUUUACAGACUUGAGGUUAUUUAGGCUCCUCGUUUCAAUGACUCUUAAGUCGUUAAUUUUAUGGUUUGGAGCAUAUCAUCUCCAGCAAUGGGUAAAUUAUGUGGUAGAUUUGCCUGCUAA